AUGGCUUAUUCGUUUGCUGAGUCGUUCUUUAUCGGCUGGGCUACUGGGGUCUGUACGACUUCUCUCGCCGUCACAAUCAUCGUCCUAGCUUUGAGAGGGACUGCACGUGGAGUCUCUGUUUUCGCCUGGCUAAGCAAGAAUCACAACCCCGAUGUUGCUGAGACCUCUGCCAAGCAAACAAUUGAAGCUACGAAUGUUCCCAUUCCUCAGCAAGUCCCAGAGAGCCAGAUUAUCCGCAGUCAGAUGAACCCAAAUCCCAUCACGGAGUCACACAGGGAGUUGGCUUUCCGUGUCAUAGAAGUCUGUGGGCCCGAUGGAAUCAGGGAAAAUGUUGCAGGAUUCGAGUGCCUGAUCGAAAAUCUUUUCAUGGAUCUUGUUUAUGGCGGCGUAGAUCCUGCUAUCACGCCUGGCAUAAUGCCAACCGUCGAGAGGUCCUCUUUCAAUGACCAAGAACUCGUCCGCCUUGCCGGUGAUCCUCCCGAAGGUGAGACGUGGUCAGAGUUGAUAUGCGAUCGAGACACUCGAUUCUACGCCAUAUGGACAUUCCUCAACCGAUUUCUCUACAGACGAAUGGAUCCAAACUGCAAUGUUGAAGAAUGCCUGUUGCCUCUUGAGGUCUCAAGCUGUUUUCAGCUCAUCCCUCAUCGCCACUUCGCUCACAGUAAGCUCGCUAUCUAUAGCAUUGCUGCGGUGGGCUCUACUGACAUAAUCCCAGGGGAGGACUCUAUUUCAGUCUGGAGAGAGAUUCUCUUCAUGAUGCUCAUGACUCUGUACAAAAUGGUACACAUACCCGCGACCGAUCUCGACAAGGAUGACCCACGACGAGAGAGAAUUGAUUCCAUGGUCUCUGAAGUCGCUGACGCCCUGAAUCUGGAACUCCUCGAGGCUCGUGGUCGUUCAGGCGCUGAUAUAAAAAAGACCUUGAGUCACAUUUUCGGCUGCGCAGCAAACUGUGCUCUCAUCUUCUUCGGGCAGCCCUCUGUGUGGGAAGCUGACUGGGAUUCUGACCCAGGUCGUCUCGUUGCUCCAAGGAUCCGGUUCAUGUGGAAUGGGCAGAUCAAAUGGACCAGGCCUCCUGUCGUGUAUAAUGGCACCCUGUGGGCUCCCCUCGUGCCUCUUGAGCCUGUGUCGCGUCCCAGGAAGCUUCCUGGAAAUUCAUACGGUCGAAUGUGGAGCGGUGGCCAAAGUACUUCUGAUAUCUGA